AUGGCAGUUGGCAAAAGUUCUGAUUUCGGAAGCGAGACUGACCUGGUUACCGAUGUCGAGCGAGCUUGCACAAAGUCAAUAUUGGCGACUAUUGGCGUUGGUAUCUGGUACUCGCUACUCUAUGCCUUGAUACGGAUCCUUACUCCUCCCCCAACCCCAACAAAUGGAAUCCAAAAAGUAAUAUCUCAAUGGAUGGAACCCGGCUCCUCUUCUCAACCGGCACCCGCAUGGCUUGAAGAUUUUACGAGGGACAUCACGCCUAUACCUUGUCACUCACACAAUGACUACUGGCGAGCUGUCCCUCUCUACAAUGCCCUGGCCGCAGGGUGUACUGGUGUGGAAGCCGAUAUCUGGCUCUCAGACAAUGAAUUACUCGUUGGACAUAACCGCCACUCUCUCCGCAAACAUCGUACUCUCAGAAGUCUCUACAUCGAUCCUCUCAUCUCAAUUUUGGAGAACCAAAACACACCGCAACCCUUUAGCAACAGCUCGACUCUCCGAGGUGUCUUUGACACGAAUCCAAACAAAUCUGUAGCCUUGCUGCUCGACUUCAAGACCGACGGCGCCUUACUCUUCCCAACAGUGGAAGAACAACUUCUUCCACUGCGACAGAAAGGUUAUCUAACCUACUUCAACGGGUCAACUGUAGUCCCUGGUCUAAUCACAGUCGUUGGUACCGGCAACACGCCGUUCGACCAAGUGAUUGCCAAUUCCACAUAUCGCGAUAUUUUCUUCGAUGCGCCACUCUCCGACCUCGCAGCAGAGUCAAAAUAUACGAGUGAGAACUCUUAUUAUGCAAGCGUCUCGCUAUCAAAAUCACCGGGUCGUACCUGGUUCAACAAGCUUUCUUCAAAACAAGUAGAUACUAUCAAGGAACAGAUUAAAGUAGCGGACGAUAGGGGGUUGGUAUCACGAUAUUGGGAUAUUCCCGCCUGGCCUGUGUCGUUAAGGACGAGUGUUUGGGAAGUGUUAGCGCAAAAUGGGGUUGGGUUGUUGAAUGUUGAUAAUUUGGCGGCAGCGAGUAGGUGGAAUUGGAAAUUUUGCACGGUUUUGGGGUUAGAUUUAUGUUAG